AUUUUAUGAAUUACUGUUUAGAAAAAAGUUUAAGGAUAUUGAAUUAAAUAUAUCAGGGAGCAAAGUGCUAAGUUCUAAUUUAUCAAUCAAGUAUCUGGACAAGUAAUUAUUCUACGAAACUAAUUCUGACAAACUUUUUUAUAAAUUUAACAUAUUUUAAUUAUUUCUUUUUGCAAUAAAUGGGAAAACGUGCUUGUAUCUCGUUAAGUUGUGUAAAAACUUGGUUCAUGGUUUUUGCAGCGAUAUUGUGGUUAUGUGCUGCUGGUAUAUUUGGUGUCGGUAUUUGGACUUUGAUUGCAAAGAAUGAGUAUGAAACAUUACUUGGUAGUGUUACAUAUGUUACAACUGUAGGUUUAAUGAUCGCUGGUGGUUUAUUUGCAAUGUUUGUCUGCAUAUUUGGUAUUUUUGGAGCUAUCCGUGAAAGCAGGUUCAUGGUUCUUGGGUUUUUUCUCAUGAUCACUAUUGUUUGCUUGAUUGAACUUGUUGGUGGAAUCAUGGCCUAUGUAUACAAAGGAGAAGUUCAAAAUCAGGUGAAAAGAAGUUUAAAUGUAACAAUAGCAACCAAUUAUGGUUUACCAGGCAACGAAAAGAAAACAAAGGCCAUUGAUCGACUCCAAAUAAAUUACAAAUGUUGUGGAGAUGUUGAUUAUAAAAGUUGGGAACGGUCUUCAUGGGCUAGAAAAAAUGAAAGCAAUAUUUUAGUACCUGACUCUUGUUGUAUUACUCCAAGCGAAAAUUGUGGCCGGCGAGUGCACCCUUCUAAUAUAUGGAGAAAUGAUUUGGAGGAUAAAACCCUGGGUUGCUUUAGCGCAUUGGAAAGUUACCUGCUUAACCAUUUGUUUAUAAUUGCUGCAGUGAGUGUUGCUUCCGGAAUGGCACAGGUUAUAUGCAUUGUGCUAUCCAUGUGGCUGUAUCGCCUUAUUGUAGAAUUUCGUUAAUUUUUUUUUAUUGUCCCCUAAUUGUUUAAAAACUUUGUUUGCUAAUUUUUAUUUCAUUUUUAACUUUUUAAGCCAAUAUUUGUACAAGCAUUCUCAAAAAGUGUUAAAAUUAAAUUCGCGCAUUCCAUUUGUUAUUUAAUAGUGUUGCCUAGUAACAGGCCGUGUUUAUUUUUUUUAAUAUUGCUUUUGUAUUUUAUUGUAUUUAAUAUUUUAUUUUAAAGCUUUUGAUGAAGUAACGUAAAGAUGAUAACAGUUA